UUUCUAUUUAAAUUAAUAUAAACAUAACUAAUUUAAUUCCUCUUAUUAUAUAAGAAAUGGCAUAAUAUAUAUAUAUAUAUAUACAUAUUAGACCAGCUUUUCAUCUUCUUCGAUCAACCCAUUUAACUUGAGUUAAUUAUUAGAUACACACACAUAUAGUGUUACAGAGAUGGGCAGCACAAAGGGUCUCACUCUUGAGGAGAUUAAGAAUGAAGCUGUUGAUUUGGAAAGAAUCCCAGUCGAGGAAGUGUUCGAGCAGUUGAAAUGCACGCGCGAAGGUCUAACAUCCGAAGAAGGUCAGAACCGCCUGCAAAUAUUCGGUCCAAACAAAUUGGAAGAGAAAAAGGAGAGCAAGAUUCUCAAGUUCUUGGGGUUCAUGUGGAACCCCUUGUCAUGGGUUAUGGAAGCUGCUGCUUUAAUGGCUAUCGUCCUCGCUAACGGAGAUAAUCGCCCGCCUGAUUGGCAAGAUUUUGUCGGCAUUGUCGCCUUAUUGUUCAUCAACUCCACGAUUAGUUUUAUCGAAGAAAACAAUGCUGGUAAUGCUGCUGCAGCUCUUAUGGCUGGACUUGCUCCCAAAACUAAGGUUUUGAGAGAUGGCCGAUGGAGUGAGCAAGAUGCUUCGAUCCUCGUCCCGGGUGACAUCAUCAGCAUCAAGCUUGGUGACAUCAUCCCGGCCGACGCCCGCCUUCUAGAAGGCGACCCUUUGAAAGUUGACCAGUCAGCAUUGACCGGAGAGUCUCUCCCUGUCACGAAAAGCCCUUCCGACGAGGUCUUCUCCGGGUCCACAUGCAAGCAAGGCGAGAUCGAAGCAGUUGUCAUAGCAACCGGGGUCCACACUUUCUUCGGCAAGGCAGCCCAUCUAGUGGACAGCACGAAUCAGGUCGGACACUUCCAGAAGGUUCUGACGGCAAUCGGAAACUUCUGCAUAUGCUCGAUCUUCGUCGGGAUAAUCAUCGAAUUAAUUGUGAUGUACCCCAUACAGCACCGUAAGUAUAGGGACGGAAUCGACAAUCUGCUUGUUCUGUUGAUCGGAGGGAUUCCGAUUGCGAUGCCGACUGUUCUGUCUGUGACGAUGGCGAUCGGGUCCCACAGGCUGAGUCAGCAGGGGGCAAUUACUAAGCGGAUGACUGCUAUUGAGGAAAUGGCGGGAAUGGAUGUGCUGUGCAGUGAUAAAACGGGGACUUUGACUUUGAAUAAGUUGACCGUUGACCGGAGCCUUGUCGAAGUAUUUGUGAAGGGAUUGGAUAAAGAGCAAGUGAUUUUGCUUGCAGCUAGGGCUUCGAGAACCGAAAAUCAGGAUGCUAUUGAUGCCGCCAUUGUCGGGAUGCUUGCCGAUCCAAAGGAGGCGAGAGCUGGUGCGAGGGAGGUGCAUUUUCUACCUUUCAAUCCUGUCGAUAAAAGGACAGCGUUGACUUACAUAGAUGCCAAUGGUAAUUGGCAUCGUGCUAGCAAAGGUGCACCCGAGCAGAUACUGGCACUUUGCAAUAGUAAGGAAGAUGUGAGAAAGAGGGUUCACUCGGUUAUCGAUAAGUUUGCUGAACGUGGACUCCGUUCUUUAGGGGUUGCUCGACAGGAAGUUCCGGAAAGAACAAAAGAGAGCCUUGGUGGACCAUGGCAACUCGUUGGUUUAUUACCUUUGUUCGAUCCACCUAGGCAUGAUAGUGCAGAAACAAUUAGACGAGCGUUGAAUCUUGGUGUGAAUGUGAAGAUGAUCACUGGUGACCAGCUAGCAAUAGCCAAGGAAACGGGACGAAGGCUCGGAAUGGGAACGAAUAUGUACCCGUCUUCAUCUUUGCUCGGCCAACACAAAGAUGAAGCUAUUGCGUCACUUCCUGUCGAUGAGCUAAUUGAGAAAGCCGACGGUUUUGCCGGAGUAUUUCCUGAGCACAAGUAUGAAAUAGUGAAGAGAUUGCAAGAAAGAAAGCACAUUUGUGGAAUGACGGGGGACGGUGUGAACGAUGCUCCAGCACUAAAGAAGGCCGAUAUCGGAAUCGCUGUUGCCGAUGCAACCGAUGCUGCUAGGGGCGCUUCCGACAUUGUCUUAACGGAACCUGGUCUGAGUGUCAUAAUAAGUGCUGUCCUUACGAGCCGAGCUAUUUUCCAACGAAUGAAAAAUUACACCAUAUACGCUGUCUCGAUUACAAUCCGUAUAGUGUUUGGAUUCAUGCUUAUUGCUUUGAUAUGGAAAUUCGACUUUGCUCCGUUCAUGGUUCUAAUCAUCGCCAUCCUAAACGACGGGACCAUCAUGACAAUCUCGAAGGAUCGAGUGAAGCCGUCUCCAUUACCGGACAGCUGGAAACUAAACGAGAUUUUCGCCACCGGAGUUGUCUUAGGAGGGUACCUUGCACUCGGGACUGUAUUAUUCUUUUGGGUCAUGAAAGAUACCGACUUUUUCUCUGAAAAAUUUGGUGUAAGGUCCCUAAGAGAUAGUCCCGAGGAAAUAAUGGCAGCAUUAUACUUGCAAGUGAGUAUUGUGAGUCAAGCACUUAUUUUCGUGACGAGGUCCCGUAGCUGGUCCUUUGCCGAACGUCCCGGAAUGUUCUUAUUGGGCGCUUUCUUGAUUGCUCAGCUGGUUGCGACUCUAAUAGCUGUUUAUGCUGAUUGGAGCUUUGCGAAGAUAAAAGGAUGUGGUUGGGGUUGGGCCGGUGUUAUUUGGCUUUACAGUAUCGUAACUUACUUUCCUCUCGACAUUCUCAAGUUCUGCAUUCGCUACGUUUUGAGUGGAAAAGCUUGGGAUAAUCUUUUGGAGAACCGGACUGCAUUUACUACCAAAUCCAACUAUGGGAAGGAAGAGAGAGAAGCCCAGUGGGCGGCUUCGCAGCGGACUUUGCACGGUCUUCAGCCACCGGAAACCGCCAACCUCUUUGCCGAGAAAAGCAGCUACAGAGAGCUCUCCGAGAUUGCCGAACAAGCCAAACGCCGCGCUGAGGUGGCAAGGCUUAGAGAGCUGCAUACGCUGAAGGGGCACGUGGAAUCGGUGGUGAAGCUGAAAGGAUUGGAUAUCGACACGAUUCAACAGCAUUAUACUGUCUGAUGAAUCAAUGCCGAUUUCUUUUAAGGAAAUGAAAGCUGGUUCAAUUAGUUUCGUGCAAUAAGUUUUUAUUUAGUACUAGUUUAUGUAAACCAAAUAGUAAUUGGUCCCAUUUUCUGUUGCUUAAUAUUUGAACUUCGAAGUUAUAUAGUGGACGAAAAUGGUUCUGGUAUU